CUCUGGUCGCUUAGCAACCUCUGUACACAAAGAAGUAAAAAAGACAAGAGUUAACAAACUAAACGCGUGAAACCAAUCGGGUGCAGCAGAUAUAAAAGACGAUAAAAAGCAUUACAAAUAUAUUACAAUGGUAAAGCAAACGAUUCAAAUCUUUGCCCGUCUGAAACCGACGAAGAAACAGACCGCGGAGUACUUUGUGGACUGCGAGGAGCAGAGCGGUAGUUUGGAGUUUGUGGUUCCCAGAGACUUGGCAGAUGGUGUUAUCAACAAUAAGAGGGAAAACUACAAAUUCAGGUUUCAGAAGGUUUUUGACCAAACAGCCAGUCAAGAGGAAAUCUUUGAGGCAAUUGCAAAGCCUGUUGCUGAUAAUGUGCUGGCAGGUUAUAAUGGCACCAUCUUUGCCUAUGGCCAGACUGGAAGUGGGAAGACUUUUACAAUUACUGGAGGUGCAGAGAACUACAAUGAUCGAGGGAUCAUCCCCAGAACUCUUUCGUACCUUUAUCAGCAUUUCAGCAAGGACAGCAGCAUGAUCUAUACAACCCACAUAUCUUACCUGGAAAUCUACAAUGAGACUGGCUAUGAUCUACUGAAUCCUCAACAUGAGGCAUCUCGUCUGGAGGACUUACCGAAGGUGACAAUCAUGGAAGAUCCAGACCAGAACAUUCACCUCAAGAACCUGUCAUUGCAACAGUCAACCAAUGAAGAGGAAGCUUUGGAUUUGCUAUUCUUAGGAGACACUAAUCGUAUGAUUGCAGAGACUCCCAUGAACCAGGCUUCAACACGGUCUCACUGCAUCUUUACCAUUCACCUGUGCAGCAAAGAGCUGGGUUCAGCCAUGGUACGGUGCUCCAAGUUGCACCUGGUGGAUCUGGCUGGGUCUGAAAGAGUGGGAAAGACAGGUGUGGGUGGUCAGAUCCUAACAGAAGCAAAAUAUAUUAACCUCUCCCUGCACUACUUGGAGCAGGUCAUCAUAGCCCUGUCGGAGAAGAAUAGAUCCCACAUCCCUUACCGCAAUUCCAUGAUGACCUCUGUGCUUAGAGACAGUUUGGGUGGUAACUGUAUGACCACCAUGAUUGCUGCUGUGUCUGUGGAGAAGAGGAACACUGGUGAGUCUAUAUCCACCUGUCGUUUUGCUCAGAGAGUGGCUUUGAUUAAGAAUGAUGCUUUGCUCAAUGAAGAACUGGAUCCUGCUCUGCUGAUUGUCCGUCUGAAGAAGGAGAUACAAUCUUUGAAGGAAGAGCUGGCUUUGGUUACUGGAGAGCAAAGGAGUGACAAGUUAACCCAAGAAGAGAUCCAACAGUUGGAAGAGCAGAUAGAUGUGUACCUGGAGGACCCUGACAGUGAAGUAACAUUAAACCUUGGACCUGAUAUGAGAAAAAUCCACUUUUGUUUCUCUCUGCUAAAGGUGAGGGUACGAGAGGGAUCCUGUGCUCAAAAUGGAAUGAGUAAAGACAGCACUCCUUUAAUGAGUGUCUCUGAUGAAGAGCAAAGAAAAUCAUAUGCAGAAGUCCAGAAGCUGCGGGACAUGUUGACCCACCGUGAUAAUGAGAUCAGUGUAUUAGUGAACUUGCUUAAGAAAGAAAAGAAGAAAUUUCAAGAUGUCACUUCCCAACUGCCCCUGUUGUACCCAUCAACCAACCAAUCAUCCAUGUCAGCCACAACUAAACAGAUGGAAGAGAGUGCAAAAUACAACCCCUCUAAUAUUUACACUCAUGCUGAGCAGUUGAUGACCAGAAAAAGAGUACUGGAAUUAUCUGUGAGUCAGCAGGAGGCAUUUGAAGUCUUUCUGAGAGACCAUGAAGACCGUUUAUCAAUUGAAAAUAACAGAGCUGUGUUGCAACAAAGGUUUGUUGAAGCCAAAACACUUGGUGACCAAGUUAACCAGAUCAGGAUCAGAGUCAAUGAGCUGAAGACAAAUCUGAAAAUUAGACGAAAGCAAAUGGCAGCCCAAGGCUUAGCAGGACACCUAACAGCAUCAGAGUCAGACUCAGUUGAAGAGAGAAUUCUCAACCAGAUAGAGGACGAAAAGAAAAAUUACAAGAUCAAAUCUGGAUGUUUAAAAGGGUUGAAGACAGAGAUUGAACAUCUACAGCUGUUGCAUGAAAAGUUGAAAGUGAAACUCCAAAUGGACUUUGAGAAUUGGUGGACCCAGGAGGGCGCUAGACUAAAGUGUCACAGUGCAGAGAACACUGGAAGCAGUCAAAGUCAUGUCAGCCCUCUCAGCUGCAUUUUAACCAGAGCCUUGCCCCCAGCUGAAUGCUCAUUUUCCUCUAUUCCUUUAACUGGAGAUAAACAGACUGAUGAUGAUAUAGAGGCCUUCAUCAGAGACAGACAUAACCUGCUCAACGGCACAGGUAUUAUUUACAUACGCACACACACACACACGUUCACGUCUGGUUUACUAUGCUUGUGGGGACUUUCCAUAGGCAUAAUGUUUUUUACAGUAUACUGUACAAACCAUAUAUUCUAUCGUCAAACACCAACCCAUUACAGAAAACAUUUUUAAAAAGCAUUUUUACAUUCUCAAAAAAUUUAAAUAAAAAAAUUAAUAAUAAUAAUAAUAAUAAUUCUAUAUGAAUUAAAAGCUUGUUUCCCCAUGGUUUAGGUUAAAGUAAUACACUUUGGGUUUAAUAAGUAAACAACUGUCCAAAAUGUAAAUAGAAUGGAUUUAAACAUCUGAAAAAUUCAGUUGAA